GGAUGCUGGUGGUGAAGUUGGGGGGUCCCGUCUACAGGAUCGGCGUGGGGGGAGGGGCCGCCUCCUCCAUCCAGGUGCAGGGGGACAACGAGGCCGAGCGGGACUGGGGGGCCGUGCAGCGCGGGGACCCCGAGAUGGAGCAGAAGCUGAACCGGGUCCUGCGCGGCUGCGUCGAGAGCGGCGCCAGGAACCCCGUCAGCUCCAUCCACGACCAGGGGGCCGGGGGGGAAGGCAAUGUCCUGAAGGAGAUCUCGGAGCCGGCCGGGGCCGUCAUCUACGCCAGCCGCUUCCAGCUGGGGGACCCCACGCUGAGCAUCCUGGAGCUGUGGGGCGCCGAGAGUACCAGGAGUCCAAGCGCGCUGCUGGUGCGGCCGGCGGCGCUGGCGCUGCUGCGGCGCCUGGCGGAGCGCGAGCGCUGUCCCCUGAGCGUGGUGGGGACGAUCACCGGGGACGGGCGGAUCGUGCUGGUCGAUGACCUGGCCUCGCCGGUGCCCGAGGGGGGGUCCCACGAGGGGCUCCCCACCCCCGUCAACCUCGAGCUGGAGUGGGUGCUGGGCAAGAUGCCCCAAAAGGAGUUCGCGCUGUCGCUGUCGCCGCUCCCGCGGCGCCCCCUGAGCCUCCCCCCGGCGCUCUCGGUGCGGGCGGCGCUCGAGAGGGUCCUGAGGCUGCCGGCCGUGGGCAGCAAGAGGUACCUGACCAACAAGGUGAGUGGGAGCCGCUCGGUGACGGGGCUGGUGGCCCAGCAGCAGUGCGUGGGGCCCCUGCACACGCCGCUGGCCGACGUGGCCGUGGUGGCCCUGUCCCCGUUCGGGGACAGCGGCGCCGCCACCGCCAUCGGCGAGCAGCCGCUCAAGGGGCUGCUGGAGCCCGCGGCCGGCGCGCGGCUGGCGCUGGCCGAGGCCAUCACCAACCUGGUGUUUGCCAGGGUCACGCACCUCAAGGACGUGAAGUGCUCGGGCAAUUGGAUGUGGGGCUCCAAGGCGGGCUCCGAGGGCGGCGCGCUGGUGGCCGCGUGCGACGCGCUGGUGGCCGCCCUGCGCCGCCUCGGCGUGGCCAUCGACGGCGGCAAGGACUCGCUCAGCAUGGCCGCCCGCGUGGGCACCGACACCGUGAUGGCACCCGGUGCCCUGGUGAUCUCGGCCUACGCCGUGUGCCCCGACGUCACGGCCACCGUCACCCCCGACCUCAAGUGUCCCAACGAGCGCGGGAGCCUCCUGUGGGUGCAGCUGAACCCCGGCCGGCACCGCCUGGGGGGCUCGGCCCUGGCCCAGGUGUUCGCCCAGGUGGGCGACGACUGCCCCGACCUGGACGAGCCCGGGAGCCUCGAGAGCGCCUUCAACGUCACCCAGGAGCUGCUGCGAGAGCGUGUCCUGCUGGCGGGCCACGACGUCAGCGACGGGGGCCUGCUGGGCUGCGUGCUGGAGAUGGCCUUCGCCGGCAACUGCGGCGUCACCGUCGGCGUCCCCGCGCCGCCGCCCGGCGUCACCCCGCUGGCGCUGCUCUUUGCCGAGGAGCCGGCCCUGCUGCUCGAGGUGCCGCCGGCGGCCGCUGUCCCCGUGUGCCGCCGCUACCAGGACGCCGGUGUCACCUGUGUCCCCAUCGGCCACAGCGGCCCCUACGGACCCCGCGCCAUGGUGACGGUGGCCGUGGGUGGCCAGGAGGUGCUGGCCGAGCCCGUGGGGGACCUCAGGGCGCUCUGGGAGCAGACGAGUUUCCGGCUGGAGCGGCUGCAGGCGGCGCCGGCCUGCGUGGAGCAGGAGGAGCAGGACCUGGCCACGCGCUGGGGACCCGAGUUCCGUGUCACCUUCGACCCCGACUACGUGUCCCCGAUGGCGCGCGCCAUGGAGCUGCCGGGGCCGCGCGUGGCCGUGCUCAGGGAGGAGGGCAGCAACGGGGACCGGGAGAUGGCGGCGGCCUUCGCCAUGGCCGGCUUCCAGGUGUGGGACGUGACCACCCAGGACCUCUGCGCCGGCGCCGCCUCCCUGGACGGGUUCCGGGGUCUCGUCUUCGUCGGGGGCUUCAGCUACGCCGACGUCCUGGGCUCGGCGAAGGGCUGGGCGGCCGCCGUGCGGUUCAACGCGGCGGCGCGGGCGCGGCUGGAGCGCUUCCGGCGCCGGCCCGACACCUUCAGCCUGGGCGUGUGCAACGGCUGCCAGCUGAUGGCGCUGCUGGGCUGGGUGGGGCCGCCAGGUGAGUCCCAGGUGACGCUCGGGCGACGUUCCCCAGCAGGUGACGGCGGCGAGGGCGCGGCGGUGGCGCUGGAGCGGAACCUCUCGGGGCGCUUCGAGUCGCGCUUCGUCACCGUGCGCGUGGAGCCGGGCCCGGCGCUGCUGCUGCGCGGCAUGGCCGGGGCGCGCCUGGGCGUCUGGGUGGCACACGGGGAAGGCCGUUUCCAGUUCCGGCCGCCCUCGGCGCUUGACCGCUGUGUCCGGUCCGGCCUGGCCGCGCUGCGCUACGUCGAUGACCGCGGCGACCCCACCGAGCGCUACCCCCUGAACCCCAACGGCUCCGGCCAGGGCGUGGCCGCGCUGGUGUCGCCCUGCGGCCGGCACCUGGCGGCCAUGCCGCACCCCGAGCGGUCAGUGCGGGCCUGGCAGUGCCCGUGGGCCGGCCGGACGGCGGCCGCAGACGGCCGGAGCAAGACCGGCAACGGGCCCUGGCUGAGAAUGUUCCGGAACGCGCUGGAGUGGUGCCUGCAGUGGCCGGAUGGGGAGAAGUGACCGCUGAGUGACCAAGUGACCGCCUGGCUGACCACGCCCUGGAUACCCCCUCUGUGACACUGACCAUUCACUGACCACCCACUGACCACCCACUGACCAUUCACUGACCAUCACUGACGACACAAUGACCCCUCACUGACCAUUCACUGACCAUUCACUGACCAUUCACUGACCAUUCACUGACCAUUCACUGACCAUCACUGACCACCCACUGACCAUCACUGACCAUCACUGACCCCUCACUGACCAUCACUGACCAUUCACUUGACCCCACAAUGCCCUGGAAUGCCCAGAUGGGGAGAAGUGACCGCUGAGUGACCAACUGACCACUUGAGUGACCACCCCUGGGGACACUGGCCACUGAGUGACCACCCCGGGGGACACUGACCACCACUGACCAUCACUGACCGCUGGGUGACCACUGAGUGACCCCUUGACCCCCCCAGUGACCAACUGCCCCCCGAGUGACCAAGCGAGUGACCAACUGCCCCCCCCGCGGAGGGGGCGGGGCCUGCAAUGACCAAUAAAGUGCCCUUAAUGAAUGAUUAA